GUUUUUACCCCGGCCGCAGCAACAACGUGGAUUCAAUGCUGCUUGCCGGUGUGCAGUAACAGUGUUAUGUGUGACCAGAGUCUUAUUCACUUUCUACAAUGCAGAUAUCUAGUGUGAAUGACGUGAAGAUUUAUAAUUUAAGUCAUGGAAAAUCUCUGCCUGAGUGGCUGUCAGAUCGGAAGAAAAGGCAGUUACAGAAGAAAGAUGUUGACAUUCAGCGCAGGAUUGAGCUCAUCCAGGACUUUGAGAUGCCCACAGUGUGCACCUCCAUCAAAGUGUCCAAGGAUGGGCAGUUCAUCCUGGCAACAGGUACUUACAAACCCAGGAUUCGCUGCUAUGACACAUACCAGCUGUCCCUAAAGUUUGAGCGCUGUCUGGAUUCAGAUGUUGUGGCUUUUGACAUCCUGUCUGAUGACUACUCAAAGGUGGGAAUACUUGACAGUCUGCUCAGCGUAUCAGAUGACCUCUCCAAGCUUGACACACUGACUGAAAGUGUGAUUAAAAAAACACAUCAGUGUAUGAGGGAGGUGAUGGAGCAGUCUGAUGACAAAGUGCUGGAAAACGCCUUAGCCAAUGGAGCAGACCACAGCAUGAAUCAGACUGCCGCCGUGUCGCCCCUGAAAGCUUACCUCAACUCUCUGAGGGGUAUUUGA